UGAAAUGAAGGCAUGAACCUCAAAAAAUAAGAAAAAAAAAUUAUUACAGAAGAAAAAAAAACCCAGUUAUUUUUCAUUAACAUUUAAACAUUCGGACCAAUAAAAAUACAUAUAUUAUUUGUCUUCUCAGUUCUCAGUCCAUGCCCCUCUCCCUCAAUCUCUCCUUUUACCCUAAAUAGACACUCGUUUCCUACAUAAGUCCCACUCUUGCAACAGUCUCCUCAAGGACCUCAAUCCAGCUUUGGGCCUCGAGGCUUGCUUUUCUUACUCCCCCAACUUCUAUCUUCCCAUUUGGUUUUGUUUUUUCUCUGCUAGGCUUUAUACCUUACAUUUCUAUUUGUUGCUUUUAUGUUUAGGGGAAAUCUCUUCUUCACUUAUAAUCUCUGAAUAAAUCUCUGUUUCUCUUCUCAUUUGAUGAGAUUUGUGGAGGCAGAGAGGUUUCUGAGGUUCUACAAUGACACCCAGCUUCGACUGCUCAGCCUCCAGCCUCCUCUGUGCAGAAGACAACAAUACUUUCAUGUGUUUUGAAGAUAUUGAAGAUGGGGCUGGGGAUGAGUUUGGAGAUGGUUGGCAGCAGCAAAACCAUCGAACGAAUCAUCAAAACCAGAGCUUUAGUGCAGGGGAGUUCUGGAUUGGGUUCCCAUUACAGAGUGAAGAGUGUCUGCGAAUGAUGGUUGAGAGGGAAUGGCAGCAUUUGCCCAGGGAUGAUUAUUUGAACCGGUUGCGUAGUGGGGAGUUGGAUUUGGGGGUUAGAAGAGAGGCCAUCGAUUGGAUUGGGAAGGUUCAUGCCUAUUACAGUUUUGGGCCUUUGAGUGCCUAUUUGUCAAUAAAUUACUUAGAUCGGUUCCUUUCAGUUUAUGAGCUUCCCAGAGGUAAAGCUUGGAUGAUGCAGUUGUUAGCUGUAGCCUGUUUGUCUCUAGCAGCCAAAGUGGAAGAGACUGAAGUGCCUCUCUCUCUAGAUUUACAGGUGGGGGAAUCCAAAUUCGUCUUUGAAGCUAGAACCAUACAGAGAAUGGAGCUUCUUGUGUUGAGUACCUUGAAAUGGAGAAUGCAAACUGUGACUCCUUUCUCCUAUAUAGACUACUUCCUCCGUAAGAUUAACCAUGAUCAACCUCCCCCUAGUUCGUCCAUCUCAAGAUCCAUCCAAAUGAUCUUAAGCACAAUAAAGGGGCUUGACUUUUUGGAUUUCAGGCCUUCUGAGAUUGCUGCAGCAGUGGCAAUGUCUGUAUUGAGAGAAGCCAAAACAGGGGACAUUGAAGGUGCUCUUUCUUGUUUCAUACAGCAUGUAAAAAAGGAGAGAGUGUUGAAAUGUCUUGAACUCAUUCGGGAUAUGUCAUUGAUUAGUGGUUUUGAAUUUGAUAAGGUUGCGAAUAAUUCAGUUCCAUCAGUGCCCCAGAGCCCAAUUGGGGUCCUAGAUGCCGCAUGCUUGAGCUAUAAGAGUGAUGAUUUAACAGUUGGGUCAUGUGCAAAUUCUUCUCAUACUAGUCCAGAUACAAAGAGGAGGAAACUAAACAAUCCUUCAUCUGAGGUGGACCUUAAGUCAUGAGAUUGAGAGGUCAGAGGUGGCGUUUUUGCUUCUCACCCAAAUCAUUUGGUUUGGUUGAAUGGAAAUUUUGGUGUGGUUUUUGCAGGCGCCCUCCACAAAGAGUUAGAGAAAAAGAAAAAGAGCUGGAGUUUUAGGAGGAAAAAAAAAACAAAGUGAAAAAAAAGGAGUUGAAUAAAAUGAGAUGGAGGUUGGAGGAAGGGAAUCAACAGUUUUCAUGCUUUUGGCAUGAAAGGAAAAGUGUCAAGUUGUUUAUUUACCAGAAUUUUCAACUCGCCCAAGAAGAUUAGGGAAGGGAGAAAAUUAAUAGUGCUCAUCUGUGCUGUUGGAUAAAUACAGUUUGUUGUAGUUUACAUUUCCAUCUCAAAAAACAAAGAAAAAAGGAAAAAACGAAAAGAAACGAAAUUAGAGGAAAGUUGGAGAAAUAUUUGUUGAUGUUAUUUGUUUUUCUUUUUUUGAAAAAUUGGAAAAAUAGUCCCUUUUGGGAACAAAAAUAGACAGCACCGAAACAGUAGAAGAAGAAUGGAAGUGGGCUUUUAUUUUAUAGUUAAAAUAUAUAUAAAAAAAAAACAGUUUUCUCA